CUCUUCAAACUUCCAUUACAAAUUCUCUUCUCCUUUAUCAUGCUGAAAUGGAAUGCGUUCUUGAAUCAAGAUUCAGUAACUUUGCUUUCACCUGAAGCACCACACACAUCAUUACAUUUGCAACUUUUUCACUGUUUAAGGGGUCAAUUCGGAUAUGUCUUCUGAUAGCGCAAAGGAAAAUGUGUCGGUAGUUGAUUCAUCGGUCACUGAAUGGAGGAAUGACAUUGGAAAUUCAGAUGAUCCAGAGAGCUCCUCUUACAAGUUUAAUGAAAACAAUAAUCCAAUUCGGACAGAUAUAGCGGAACACUCUUAUGGUCUGAUAGGGCAUCCAACAGGAAUUGGAGUGGAAAAGUGGAAUGAUAUUAAGUAUUUCAUCAUUAAGAGUUUGAACCGUCAAAAUAUUGAUUUGUCUAUUAAGAAAGGAAUUUGGGCUACUCAAAUUAUGAAUGAACGGAUUCUAGACGAAGCUUUUCAUAACUCGGGCUGUGUAAUCCUUAUAUUUAGUGUCAACACGAGUGGUUCCUUCCAAGGAUACGCACAAAUGAUGUCCUCCAUUGGAAGGGGUAGAGACAAUGUUUGGAGUGAGGGAAUCGGUAAAAGUAAUCCUUGGGGCCGCAGUUUUAAGGUCCAGUGGCUGCGUUUCAAUGAUUUGCCUUUCCACAAAACUCUACAUCUCAAGAAUCCGUUGAAUGACUAUAAGCCUGUCAAAAUUAGCAGAGACUGUCAGGAGUUAUCUCCAGACAUUGGCCUAGCUCUUUGUGAACUUCUUGAUGGUAAGAAUGAUACCAAUGACCUACUGACCAGUUCCUUAAGGGGUGAUUUUUCAUUUAAGGGUCGCUAUGUGAGUACUCCAAGUUCAAUGGGAGACGAAGACUAUAAAUUUCGUCCACUUCAUAUGUCAUGGUCAAUGCCCCUGGCUUAUCCUUCCCUGUUUUACCAAAAUCAACCCGUAAUAAAUGAAUUUCGUUCAACAAAGCAGAGAUUCAGUGGGACAAUGCUUACUGAAACACUGCCUAUCUCUUCUUCUGCAUCGCCACAACUGUCAGGGAUUAAACGUGCUCAUUAUAGUGGACAUAUUCCAGAGCUACAAACAAAGAAGGACGUGUCUUCUCAAUUAGAUUUUUGGGGUGUGUCUACAGGCUGCCCUUUAGCCGGUAGUACCCUAACUGAGGAUGAUUUUCUUGACAUGUCCUAUGAAGAAUACCUGGAGGAGGUCCAUAGCAGAGGCAAGAAACAGUUACGCACCAGUGUCAGUAUUUAUAUCAACAUCAUUUUGCUAUUUUCUUGUGUAUUUUUUUUUAUCUAGACAUGGUAUCCAUUAGUCACAGGAAACCAUAACCAAGGCAUCAAAAUUCUCAGGCAACUAAACCAUGUUGGAAAUGAAUGGAAUUGCUGAGAAGUAAUCCACCUGAUGGUGAAAGGAACAUAGAAGAAUGUGUUGAUAGAAAUAGGAGCAACCCUCGUGGGAGGAUUCAUCAGACAUCUUUUCCAUGGUUACAACUUCUCUUGCAAUAUGCGAAUAUGGUAACUUUUUGGGCAAGGAGGCCCUUUUCCUGUUUUCUUAUGGCAAAGACGACAUGGAAAUUAAUUGUAAUUGUCUAAAAUUAGAACUUGAUAUUGAACCUCGUAUAAAUGCGAUUCAAUUCCAAGGCUACUUUGAGGCUUGUUGACAAAUUGUACAGAGUUUAGAUUAGAGUCAGAACCAAAACGUACCUUGUGUAUAUAAUAUGCCCCCUAUCCCUAUGCUAAACUGGCAUUUUUGUCCCUGUGGAAAAUUGUCAGCAAAGAUGAUGGUGAUAUUGGUUUGAUUUUUAAACUGUCUUUAAUUUUGUUAA